UGGGCUGCUGCAUGCAUGUGUGUGUAACCUUGAGGCUGGGAUGGCCAGAGGAAAUGACAGCCUUGGCUUCCAGAGUUCCUUUGAGGGGUGCAAGGACAUCAGGCGCAGUAUCUGGGCCCAAGCAAACAUUCAUUAGGGAUGAUUUCUCACUGCCCCAGAGUCCUAGUUAGAAAUUCUGAGCAUUUAACUUUAAAUAAUAGCAGCAUGAAAUAGUUUAUUGGCUUACAGGGGUUCUUAGCCAAAUUCAGGGGUGGUAGGAGAAUAGAUUGGAAGAAUAGGACAGGGAAAAGUACCAGAUAAAUGUUGUGCAAGGGAAUGGGAUUGUAGAGAAUAGAGCACAGGAAGAGCAGUUGGAAAGCCUAGUCUUUAUGGACCUUCCCUCUGAUGUGUUGUGCCAUGAAUACCAACCCCAAUCUGCCCCAUUAAUCUUUCUCUGUCUCUUCCUACCUCUGGGGUGUGCCUAAAGCCCCACCCCUUGCAGGAGCUGAACUGUGUAACUUCUUUCCCCUCCACCAAUUUUUAAACACUUAAAUUGAUGCCAUGACCUCUUCCUCACACUAGCUCCUGCCUUGGGCCUGUGCCCAAGCUAUGACCUGCACGUGCCUGAGUGUAUAUACUGUGCUGGAUAUAAAAUGCUGUGAUUUCCUUGUCACCAAACUGCCUCAGGCCUUUCUGAUAUUGCAUGGAGCACUACUGGAUCAAGGCAGUGGGAAAGGAAAGGAAAACAUCUUCUUUCUGACUCCUGGUGGGUGAUGGGUCUUUGCUUUGGAGUCUUGCUAUGGUGGAGACCACAUACUGGUACUUGUUUUGGGUCCUGGGUCCUGACUUCAGGUGGAAAUGGGGAUAUAAGGAAAAUAAUGUUUUAAAGGAUGCUGGACCCAUACUAGGAUCAGAGAGACUUGGCUUUGUCCCUUGGUUAUUGUCUCCUGAUUGGGCGACCAUUUUACCUCAGUCCCCUAAAUAGAGAAGGGCAUGAAACUGAGAUCUAAGGAAGAUUCUGGCUGUAACCUAACAUGACCCUGGCAAGGGGCUAAGCAUUGCCAAAUCCUGGGAAGAUGUGGCAAAGCCUUACUUAGAGAGCCUGUACUAGGCUAUAGUACCUUCUUUUCUCAUAGUGGAAGGUAUCAAUCAAAUAGUUGUGUGCCUCUUCUGUCUCCCACUCCACUCCCAGUCAUCAGCCUCAGUGGUUCUCUCAAGGCAGGUUACUUAGUCAGGGUCCUUGCUUUCACUGCAUGUGAAAGAACUAGAGAUAGAACAAAAAAGUGCUUUAAGGGGGAGGAGAGGAGAACACAGAUGCUUUCACAAAAUACCUAACCUUUCUGGAAAGCCCUUCAGAGAAAGGCUUUAACCUGACUACAACCAAGGGACCAUUGGAAAGGAGCCCAACACUGUCUUUAGAGCUGCUGCUGCACACAUGGAAUGUCACCUAGAGCUCUUUAAUCAUUCUAUGUGCUCCUCAGAGCUUAAGACCAGUUCUGGAGGAGUGCUCUAGGUGUAUGUUCCUGGGAAACAAGGGUGUUGCCAGUAUGUAUAAGAGAAGUAGACUCAAUGGAGUAGUCAGGGGAGCAGAGUGCAAUUUUGAGAAACUCAUGGAGAAGAGAAGCCCUCUGUCCCUGCCCACUGAUGCCCUGGCUCCAUAAAGUGCCAUUUCUGGUAUGGCCUCUGGCUUAGCGUUUUGGAGUAAGCCCUCUGGGGUGGAAGAGGGAGGGAAGGGCGGAGCCAGAACCUGUUCUUUAGGAGAAGCAGCAAGGCAGGCUCUGCGCAGGACUGUGUCCAGUCAUGAGGAGAAGGCGGAGCCUGCAGGGCCCCGGGUGGUUGCUAGGUGACGGUGAAAAAGUGGCUCCACCCCCAUGGAGCAGAGGAGGGUGGGUGCAUGACGUCAGGUGGAGCUGGUGCUGCGGCCACUGAGGCUGCCAUCAGCCUAAGCUGGCGAACUGGGCCAGGCGCUGUUCUGGUGCCUGCUGGAGCCUGGUUGUCCUACUGCGCACCUUCAGGGGCCUCUGUGUCUCAGCAGCAGCCAUUUGGAGGCUAGGAAGCUGCCGGCUGGGGAAGCUAAGGCUGCAUUGUUGGGAUUUGAUGCACUAAUCUCCUGUCUCCGCCGCCUUUCCCUCUGUUCGGUCUCUUUCCCUCCCUCCCUCCCUCCCUUCGUCUGUCCUUCCUCCCUGUGUUUGUCUAUCCUCCUCUGUCCCUCCUUCUCUUUCCUCUCCGUGCUUUCUUUGGUUUUCUGCAAUGAUGAGACAGGCACCGACAGCCCGAAAGACCACAACUCGGCGGCCCAAGCCCACUCGCCCAGCCAGUACUGGGGUGGCUGGGGCCAGUAGCUCUUUGGGCCCCUCUGGCUCAGCAUCAGCAGGUGAGCUAAGCAGCAGUGAGCCCAGCACCCCGGCUCAGACUCCACUGGCAGCACCCAUCAUCCCCACACCAGCCCUCACCUCUCCUGGAGCAGCUCCCCCACUUCCUUCCCCAUCCAAGGAGGAAGAGGGAUUGAGGGCCCAGGUACGGGACCUGGAGGAGAAACUGGAGACCCUGCGGCUAAAGCGGGCAGAAGAUAAGGCAAAGCUGAAAGAACUGGAGAAACAUAAGAUCCAACUGGAGCAGGUGCAGGAAUGGAAGAGCAAAAUGCAGGAGCAGCAGGCAGACUUGCAGCGGCGCCUCAAGGAGGCGCGGAAGGAAGCCAAGGAGGCACUAGAGGCAAAGGAACGCUAUAUGGAGGAAAUGGCCGACACUGCUGAUGCCAUUGAGAUGGCCACUCUGGAUAAGGAAAUGGCUGAAGAACGGGCUGAGUCCCUGCAGCAGGAGGUUGAAGCACUGAAGGAGCGUGUGGAUGAGCUCACCACAGACUUGGAGAUACUAAAGGCUGAGAUUGAAGAAAAGGGCUCAGAUGGGGCUGCAUCCAGUUACCAGCUCAAACAGCUUGAGGAACAAAAUGCCCGCCUAAAGGAUGCCUUGGUGAGGAUGCGGGAUCUUUCUUCCUCAGAGAAGCAGGAACAUGUGAAGCUCCAGAAACUCAUGGAAAAGAAAAACCAAGAGCUGGAGAUUGUGCGGCAACAGCGAGAGCGCCUGCAGGAGGAGCUGAGCCAGGCAGAGAGCACCAUUGAUGAGCUCAAGGAGCAGGUGGAUGCUGCUCUGGGUGCUGAGGAGAUGGUGGAGAUGCUGACUGAUCGGAACCUGAAUCUGGAAGAGAAAGUGCGGGAGUUGAGGGAGACUGUAGGGGACUUGGAAGCAAUGAAUGAGAUGAAUGAUGAGCUCCAGGAGAAUGCACGAGAGACAGAACUAGAGCUGCGGGAGCAGCUGGACAUGGCAGGUGCCCGGGUUCGUGAGGCCCAGAAGCGUGUAGAGGCAGCCCAGGAAACAGUUGCAGACUACCAACAAACCAUCAAAAAAUAUCGCCAACUGACUGCUCACCUACAGGAUGUGAAUCGGGAACUGACAAACCAGCAGGAAGCAUCUGUAGAGAGACAGCAGCAGCCACCUCCUGAGACUUUUGACUUCAAAAUCAAGUUUGCCGAGACUAAAGCCCAUGCCAAGGCAAUUGAAAUGGAGUUGAGACAGAUGGAGGUCGCCCAGGCCAAUCGGCACAUGUCUCUGCUGACAGCCUUCAUGCCUGACAGCUUCCUUCGGCCAGGUGGGGACCAUGACUGCGUUCUGGUGCUGCUGCUCAUGCCUCGUCUCAUUUGUAAGGCAGAGCUGAUCCGGAAGCAGGCCCAGGAGAAGUUUGAACUAAGUGAGAAUUGUUCAGAGCGGCCUGGGCUUCGAGGAGCUGCAGGUGAGCAGCUCAGCUUUGCUGCUGGACUGGUAUAUUCGCUGAGUCUGCUGCAGGCUACACUACACCGAUAUGAACAUGCCCUCUCUCAGUGCAACGUGGAUGUUUAUAAGAAGGUGGGCAGCCUCUAUCCUGAGAUGAGUGCCCAUGAGCGCUCCUUAGAUUUCCUCAUUGAACUGCUGCAUAAGGAUCAGCUGGAUGAGACUGUCAAUGUGGAGCCUCUCACAAAGGCCAUCAAGUACUACCAGCACCUGUACAGCAUCCAUCUUGCCGAACAGCCCGAGGAAAGUACCAUGCAGCUGGCCGACCACAUUAAGUUUACGCAGAGUGCCCUGGACUGCAUGAGCGUGGAGGUGGGGAGGCUGCGUGCCUUCUUGCAGGGUGGACAGGAGGCUACAGAUAUUGCCCUUUUGCUCCGGGACCUGGAAACAUCAUGCAGUGAUAUCCGCCAAUUCUGCAAGAAGAUCCGAAGGCGUAUGCCAGGGACGGAUGCUCCUGGGAUCCCCGCAGCACUGGCCUUUGGACCACAGGUAUCUGACACACUCCUAGACUGCAGAAAACACUUGACAUGGGUGGUGGCUGUACUGCAGGAGGUGGCAGCUGCUGCCGCCCAGCUCAUUGCCCCACUGGCAGAAAAUGAGGGGCUGCCCGUGGCUGCACUGGAGGAGUUGGCUUUCAAAGCAAGCGAGCAGAUCUAUGGGAGCCCUUCCAGCAGCCCCUAUGAGUGUCUGCGCCAGUCGUGUAACAUCCUCAUCAGCACCAUGAACAAGCUGGCCACAGCCAUGCAGGAGGGGGAGUAUGAUGCAGAGCGGCCCCCCAGCAAGCCUCCUCCGGUUGAACUGCGGGCUGCAGCUCUUCGUGCUGAGAUCACAGAUGCUGAAGGCCUGGGUUUGAAGCUUGAAGAUCGAGAAACAGUUAUCAAGGAAUUAAAGAAAUCACUCAAGAUUAAGGGAGAGGAGCUGAGUGAAGCCAAUGUGCGGCUGAGCCUCCUGGAGAAGAAGUUGGACAGUGCUGCCAAGGAUGCAGACGAGCGCAUUGAAAAAGUUCAGACUCGGCUGGAGGAGACUCAGGCACUCCUGCGGAAGAAGGAGAAAGAGUUUGAGGAAACAAUGGAUGCACUACAGGCUGACAUCGACCAGCUGGAGGCAGAGAAGGCAGAGCUAAAGCAACGGCUGAAUAGCCAGUCUAAGCGCACAAUUGAGGGGCUCCGGGGGCCCCCUCCCUCAGGCAUUGCUACCCUGGUCUCUGGCAUUGCUGGCGGGGUUGUUCCUGGACAGGCUCCAGGGUCCUUGCCAGGCCCGGGACUGGUGAAGGACUCACCCCUACUACUUCAGCAGAUCUCUGCCAUGAGGCUGCACAUCUCUCAGCUCCAGCAUGAGAACAGUAUCCUCAAGGGAGCCCAGAUGAAGGCAUCCUUGGCAGCCUUACCCCCUCUGCAUGUUGCAAAGCUUUCCCUUCCACCCCAAGAGGGCCCUGGCGGUGAGAUAGCAGCUGGUGCAUUGUACCGUAAGACCAGCCAGCUGCUGGAGACCUUAAAUCAGCUGAGCACGCGCACUCAUGUAGUAGAUAUCACUCGCACCAGCCCUGCUGCCAAGAGCCCAUCAGCCCAGCUUAUGGAACAAGUGGCUCAGCUCAAGUCCUUGAGUGACACCAUUGAAAAACUCAAGGAUGAGGUCCUCAAGGAAACAGUAUCUCAGCGUCCUGGAGCCACAGUCCCCACUGACUUUGCCACCUUCCCUUCAACAGCUUUCCUCAGGGCCAAGGAAGAACAGCAAGAUGACACAGUCUACAUGGGCAAAGUGACCUUCUCAUGUGCAGCUGGCCUCGGACAGCGACACCGGCUGGUACUGACCCAGGAGCAGCUGCACCAGCUUCACAGUCGCCUCAUCUCCUAAGCACUUCUUCCCCUGCCCCCUUCAACCCUCCUGGUGCCACUCUGCCCAAUGCACAGCCACUUCAGCCAACCCCCAGGUAGAACCAUGUGGGUUAAGCUCUUCCUGCCCCCUUCAGCUUCGCUCCCAUCCUGUCAACGCCCUGCUCUUGCUCCUUAACCUGGGUUUCCCCAUUCCCACCCCUGGUCUUUUCCAUAAUUUGCUGUUCAGCUGCUCCCUCUUUCCUGAGGGGCCUCAGGGCAUGUGGGGGGUAGGCUGAGACCCCACCACCAAAGGUUGAGUGAGGUCCCCCUGAUUGAGGACUUCACCCCUUGAUUAAAGCAACUUGUGCUUCAUU